CCCCUCUUUGAUCCCGGACUCGAAACAGUUCGAUUCAUCAGUCAUCACGCGAGCACGGCGGAAAGGAAAAAUUCUCGCGUGUGACUCGUCCAGCUGACUUGAAACCCUUUCCCGGCAGUAGAAAAAACUAGCCGGCCCCAAGAUGAUGUCCUUACCGGGAUCGAUCGCGUUCGACGAGUACGGCCGGCCCUUCAUCAUCCUGCGCGACCAGGAGAACCAGAAGCGGCUCACCGGCAACGAGGCCAUCAAGAGCCACAUCACCGCCGGUCGGCAGAUCGCCUCCACCAUCCGUACGUCGCUCGGGCCGAAGGGCCUGGACAAGAUGAUGGUGUCCGGGGAUGGCGAAGUAACGGUCACCAACGACGGUGCCACCAUUCUGAAGCUGAUGGACGUCGACCACGAGAUUGGCAAGCUGAUGGUGCAGCUGUCGCAGUCGCAGGACGACGAGAUCGGUGACGGAACGACCGGGGUUGUGGUGUUGGCCGGUGCGCUGUUGGAACAGGCCGAGUCGCUGCUGGACCGAGGAAUUCAUCCGAUUCGUAUUGCCGAUGGGUUCGAGCUGGCGGCGCAGUGCGCGAUCAAGCAUCUGGACUCGAUCGCCAGUCCGUUCCCGAUUUCGCUGGACAACAAGGAACCGUUGGUUCAGGUGGCGAUGACGACUCUGGGCAGCAAGAUCGUGAACAAGUGCCACCGGCAGAUGGCGGAGAUUGCCGUGGACGCGGUGCUGACCGUGGCCGAUUUGGAGAAGAAGGACGUCAACUUUGAGCUGAUCAAGCUGGAGUGCAAGGUGGGAGGUCGCAUGGAGGACACUUGCCUGGUGAAGGGCGUCGUCGUGGACAAGACCAUGUCGCACUCGCAGAUGCCCAAAGUCUUGAAGGAUGUCAAGCUGGCCAUCCUGACCUGCCCGUUCGAGCCGCCGAAGCCCAAGACCAAGCAUAAGCUCGAUGUGACCUCGGCCGAGGACUACCGCAAGCUGCGCGAGUACGAGCAGGAAAAGUUCCUGAGCAUGGUCAAGCAGGUCAAGGACGCUGGCGCAACCCUGGCCAUCUGCCAGUGGGGAUUCGACGACGAGGCGAACCAUCUGCUGCUGCAGCAGGAACUGCCGGCCGUCCGCUGGGUCGGAGGUCCAGAAAUCGAACUGAUCGCCAUCGCCACCGGCGGCAGAAUCGUGCCCCGCUUCGAGGAACUCACCGCCGACAAGCUCGGCCAAGCCGGCGUCGUUCGCGAGCUCAGCUUCGGCACCACCAAGGACAAGAUGCUGAUCAUCGAAGACUGCAAAAACACCCGCGCCGUCACCAUCCUCAUCCGCGGUGGCAACCAAAUGAUCACCGCCGAAGCCAAGCGCUCCAUCCACGACGCCCUGUGCGUCGUCCGUUCCCUCAUCAAGGACUCCCGCAUAGUCUACGGUGGCGGAGCCGCCGAAAUCAGCUGCUCCCUCGCCGUCGCCCGCGAGGCCGACCAACUCUCGACCCUGGAACAGUACGCGUUCCGCUCGUUCAGCGUCGCCCUGGAAUCGGUCCCACUCGCCCUCGCCGAAAACAGUGGCCUGCUCCCGAUCGAAACCCUGUCCGAGCUCAAGUCCCGCCAGGUCGCCGAAAACAGCACCACCCUCGGCGUCGACUGCAUGCUCAGCGGCAACUCCGACAUGAAGGAGCACCACGUGAUCGAGUCGCUGCACUCCAAGAAGCAGCAGAUUCUGCUCGCCACCCAGCUCGUCAAGAUGAUCCUCAAGAUCGACGACGUCAGAACGCCCGCGGACAAAUAAUUUCGCGUCAUUCUUCAUUUGCAUCGUAUUUUUUUUGUGCUGCGCGCGCGCUUCGUUUCUCCUAUUCCCGAGGAAUCUAAGCAAAUCUUAACAUCUCUAAUCUUCUUCUUUCAUGCGCACCCAAAACUCUUUUCACCUAACAAUAAACCCCAUUAAGGAACGGUAUGUAAGAGAGCAGCAAAAGCAGCAAAAAGAACAACAUUAUCCGUAAGAUUCUCGUCGCAACAAUGCAUUACGCUAAAAGCUAGCUUUCCGAACGACCGUCAAGGAUCGUAGGAGUUAAGUGCUUUAUAAACUACACACUAUUCGUUUACUUACUUACAAGCAAGGUUUAAUAAUAAAACUCAAACCCCAUACUACACACACACAUA